UUAUUAUGUAAUUUUUUAUUAUGUAUGGACAAUAGUUAGAAUAUUUAGUAAAAGAAAAAGAAGAAGAGAAAAUUUAAAAUAAUUUAUUUUUAUGGUGAGUAAUUUCGUUAAAUUCGGGAAAAUUGCGAUGAUGUCUUUGCUGAUCGAGAAAAUGGAAAAUGGGGUGACGAAAGAAGCCAUAAGAUGGAAAAAAGAAGAAUUGAACCAAUUUAUUUAUAAAAAAAAUUACUAUACCCAGUGAUAAGAUGUUUGUGAUGUAAAUAGACUUGACAUGGAAAGCCUCAUUCGAGAGGGAGCUUUGAGAGUACUUACUUCAGAAAGUACUUGCGAUGUAAUAUUGAGUUGUCAAGGAAGAAGACUGAUGGCGCACAAAGUUAUAUUAUCUGUUGCCAGUCCCAUAUUCAGGGAACUAUUCUUGGACAGCACCGCCGAUCCUGCUGUGGUCAUUCUUCCCGACAUACCCAGCCACAUAAUGUCGCUCCUGCUGGACUACAUCUACUCAGGAAGCGUGAUCGUUUACUCCAACACUUUGCACCAUUUCUUGAGCGCCGCCAAACUAUUGCAGAUAAAACUAGACUACAAUUUACGUUCGGAAGAUUCCACUCAGAAGAUCGAAUGCAAUAGAACCGAUGAAGAAGAAGACCCUUACGACAGAAGAAGCACCGUCGAUUACAGUUGCCGAAACGAUCGAAAAACGAAGUUACUCAAAAAGUUACCGGAACUGAUUCCUAUUACUAAAAUAAGGCGAAUGGAGAAGUUUAAGAAUACCAGGAGACCUAAUUGUUGUUUGUUGCCCAGCCCUUGGAGACCUCGAAUCGAAACAGUCUUCGGGAAUCCCAGAGAUGACUUUGUGGAAAACUCAGAUUACUCGGUGCACUUGUCGGUGCAACAAUCCAAAUUUUUCGAAAACGACACCAACAACAACUUUCAACUUCAAAGCUUCUCGCGGUAUCACCAGCACAGCAGGAACGCGCUCGAUUUGGUCGAGAAAGCCAGCUCAAACGAUCAAAUUAGGCAGGCGUUUCAGACGAGCACGGUGGUGUCUCGGCCCCCCGAAGAAGUGGCGAUUGACAGAGAUAAAUCAACGAAAAUAAAACCCUGGUUGUUAAAAGACGCCUCGAAUCCGCCUCGAACUUUCGUACCUGACGUUGUGAAUAAUCUGAAGUCGGAGGAGAGCUUGGAGAGGAUCAAGGAAGAGGGUAGUUCCAAUCAAAUCGACGAAAAUAGAUUUAGUAACGUUAAAACCGAAGAACAGUGCAUCGGUGCGAGCAGUGAAUGCCGAGGAGUCGAUAAAGAAAAACCUUUUAAGUGCAAAGAUUGCGGCAAACAUUUCAGCCAACUGCGAAAUUUCAAAUAUCACAGAUCUGUCCACGAAGGUACCAAAGAGUUUGCAGCCAAAUGUUCAGAAUGCGGGAAAGUCUUCAACGACAAAGGUUACCUAUCCAGCCAUAUGAAAAUCCACAGGGACAAAAAGGAGUACGCGUGUCCUCAUUGCCCGAAGCGAUUCAACCAGAGGGUCGCCUACAACAUGCAUCUCCGAAUACACACAGGGAUUAAGCCUCACGAAUGUCCAACUUGCGGGAAAUGUUUUUCCCGAAAAAUGCUUCUUAAACAACACCAGCGCGUCCACACUGGAGAACGUCCUUAUUCCUGUCCGGAAUGCGGGAAAACUUUCGCAGAUCGAUCGAAUAUGAGCUUACACGCUAGAUUACACACCGGCGUCAAGCCGUACGCGUGCAGCAUGUGCCCGAAGAGUUUCACCAAGAAGCACCAUCUGAAGACCCACAUGAACUUCCACACCGGCCUGAAGCCCUACACCUGCCAGAAGUGCGGGCUGGCCUUUUCGCAGAGCAGCAACAUGAGGACUCACUACAAGAAAUGCAUGCUCAAGAACCGGAAUUCCGAAAGCGAAACGGCCGCUGAGGAGGAAGAAAACAGAAGAGAAGAUCCGUGAUUAUGAUUUUUUUUAAUAAUUUUAUCCACUCGUUGAGGGAGCAAAUAUUUGUGGUUUAAUCUUCUAGAUGGAUUUAGUGAAGAAAGUUCAAAGGUUUCCUGUAUAGUAACGUGAAAAUCUUCUUAAUUAAGCUCCCUAUUGUCUCAAAAAUUGAGAUCUGUACUCUUCCUUAUCCGGAAAUUCGAAGAGAGAGAUUUCAUUAUUUCGUAUGCUGGUUUUUACAGUUAGGUAUCAAUCGAAUAAUACACGAAUAAGUGAUGUACUCCGGGCGCAUUAAAAUAAUUUUGAAAGUCCUGUGGUGCCUAUCGCGGGCGAAAUAACGCUUAAUCAUCGUUUCUAUCAUCUGCAUAUCAUUCUGAUUACAUGCGUAUCAUUGAGUCGAAAGUGUUCAGUAACUACAAGAGUUCGAGACAUUUAAUAAACUAGUAGAGCCACUAAAUCUCAACAAUUUUCGGUGGUCCUAUAUAAAUUACUCUCCCUAAGUUAAUGCGUUUUUUACAUGCAAAUGCAAUAAAUUACUCUAAAUUGAAC